GCUGGGAUCUUAGCCUGGGGCUGUUGCACUGUUCUUAGCCAAGAGACUUGAUAAUGUUUCUGGUGUUGCAUUUUACCCUUCGUGAAGGAAAGGGUUCAUUCUUCAAUCCUUGUGGGCUGCCUUUCCCUAGUGCUUUCUUGUCACACUUCAGUCAGAGUUUGUCUUGUGUUUUUUUAACUUCAUUCUUUACCUCACAGCUGCUCAUUUCUUCUCUUGCAGAUGCCCUGCGUUCCUGUGGUAGUGCUUAAAUUUCCAGCUUUUUUUUUCUUUUUUUUUAAAUGCUUGUGGCGUCUUAUUAAUCUCUUCUAAAUGUAUUAUACUAAGGGGGCUGUAAUGUAAUUUGAUAUGGGACUUGUUCUUGAGUAGCCCGUCUGUAUACAGUGGAAUACGUUGCAGCAUGUCUUUUAUAAUUGGCUGAACCUUCAGUCAGUGUCUCUGAUUUUUAUUGUAGUCUCGAUUUCUGCAAAGUCUUCUGAAAUCUGCGGGAUUUAUUUACAGAUUAAUAGCCGCACGUGUUGGUCUGUUUCGGAUGACGCGUGCACCGUAUUAAAUACUUCGACAGAGACUGGCUUUUCUCUCUCUUUUGCAUGUAGGUGUGGUCUUGCUGGUAUACAAACCUUCACAAAGACAUUUGUUAUUAUUUUAUAUAAGCUGUGUUUGCUUCUGGUUCUUGUCUCGAGAUGCCGUGGACAAACUGAUGGCUGUCCAGUAUGUGUGAAGAUGUGCUCAGUUAGUAAGCACUAUGCAAUCUAUAUGCUUUUGAUUAUCUGAACCAGUCCUGACUUGAGCAUGGGUUGUGUUUUUUUUUUUUUGUUUUUUUUAAGUUUGAAUUUCAUUCAUUAUGAAUGCUUUCUCAUUUAGGUAAUGUGCUACGUGGUACACAGGACGUUUUCAAUGAAAUUCCAGAGUGAUCAGAGAGCCAGGAUCUGACAGUGAGGAAUGCACGAAGGGCAGCAGAGAGGGAAGCUGGAGGCACUUUUACAAUGUCAGCCUCAAUCCAUUUUGCAUUGGCAGUUAAUGAGUUCUCGGAGCCGGGCCUCCUGUUUGCAGCUCUCUGAGCAGAGACACGGUUUCCAGAACCACCAAGGGACACGGCUGUUCUGUUUUACCGUUGAGUUUAGUGCCUGCUUUAGUUAAGCCUCAUGGAUCUGGUACAGCUCUCUAAUAGCACAGCAGUCCUCGUUGUAUGUUAACCCUACACGGUUUCUUUUAGCCUGUAUGUUCUGCUAGUUCCUCUCUUACAGCAAGUCUUUUCUAUCGGCCUUGUUUUUGGAGUGAGUAGAGUUCAGCGAAUGGAUUUAAGACAUUAAAGUAAAAGUGAACAAUGUCUUACUGUGUAGACCCUGUCCAACGUGCUUGCACUUUCAUCCUACUGUCUAGACAAAGUAUAAAGGAGCGCGUUGCAUAACAGGGCUGCAAACAGUUGGGUGUUAAGAAUUAUUGUUGCAUUGCUUUUUAGAUGAUUGCGACUAAACAGCUGGGCAGGUUUAGCCAGUUAUCUGGAGGGCAAGGCUGCUGUGUUGGGUAGUACUUUAUAAUGCUGAUGAAUGUGAUGCCCUUUAGUGUGGAACUCUUUGUUCUGUUCAGUUCUGAUCCUCCCAGUCUCUCAACUGAUUCACCAGCACAGCCUCGCCUGACCUUCACUGUGUUAGUCCUCCCAGUGACUGCCAGAGCUUGGCUUGGACUGCUGAAUUUAGCUACAAUAGUGAUUCGGGGGAGGGCGACAAUCUUUCAGACUAGCGCUUUACCAGAUUAGUUGUGGAUUAUUAAUACAUACCAAAAACAAAGACCUUUUUAUAACAUAACUGUUCUAACAGUCAAUAAGUUAUGUAUUUUUCCUUGACGCUGUUUUUAGACUUCCUUUCUGGAGCAGCAGCAGGCUCCUUCGCUGGCCACUUGGUUCUGCUGAUUGAUGUGUUACAGCGCUGGCAUUUCCCCAGGGCUUGGCGGGCACAUUAAAGGCUGCGCUUUGGAAAGCUGCUACUGUGACCUGAAGGAAUGCCAGUAAAUGGUUGUAUUGUCGAUACCUGCCCUGGAAUAGUUUGAUUUUCAAUCCUGUGUGUUUCAAGGUUUACAGAUUUUUGCAGAGUGAUGACUAUUCAGCAGGCUUUCACUGUAAACACUGCGUUGCUCAAUACUGUAACCAUUUCAAAUCUCUCGAGUGAAAUGAGCCCACACCCCAUCACUUUACCCCACCUUCUCUCCCCCUCCUCAGCUGUGAACACCAGCAGGUAUGCAGAGAGCUACCGCAUCCAGACCUACGCGGAGUACAUGGAGAGCAGACUGGAGGAGAAGAGAGCCAAGAGGAAGAGCUCCGAGGACAGCUGGAAGGAGCUGGAGAGCAGCAGUUUAAAAGUGCCAUACACUUCUGCACUGCCAGCCGGCUCCGGGUUCAACAGCAAUAAUGAAGUUGCUCCUGGGAAGAGAAGCAUGAGUCCCAUCCAGGAGGAGCUGGGUUCGUCUGAACCGGAGGAGGGUGAGAUCGACCGCGACGGAACCAGCAGCUGGAGCAGCGCCGUGCCCGCACGCAGCCAGACGACCAACAAGCGCAAAAAGAUCAGAACCGACACGGGUCCCAGCCCUGCCGACUCCACAGGGCUGUUUGAAGUCCCGCAGGUCUGGUAGUGCGGACGGAGCGUCUGCUGGAACCAAGAGCCUUCAGAGGGAAGAGUCGUGAGGCAGCGGCAGCAUUUAAAUACAUUUUAAAAAGCCAUAAACUCUUUGCAGAGUGAAUGAAUGCGGUACAAGCUUGUAAUCUCUUCCGUUCAACACAGUGACAAAGCUUAUUAAAAAAGAAAUGGUAGUCUUUUGGUUCUCAAACCCUUGAUUUCUGUUUAUUUACAUGAAUCUACCUGGGGGGGGGGAUUCAACCCUGGAUUCUCAUUACAGUUCUGUUGUGUGAAAUUAACUUUUUUCUUCUUUUUUGUUGUGUUUGAGGAAAAGACUUGGUUUCCUAGCGAUUUAACAAUGUUUUAAUUUAAUUUUUAAUGUUGUUUCCCCAGAGAGCUGCUUUUCAUGAGUUAGGGUCACUACUGAUGUACAGCAACAGUGCAAGCAGUAAAUAAAUGUUCUGAUAGAAAAGAAACACUAGAAUCACCAAGUUAUGUGAGAUUGUUGUGCUUUUUAAUUAGUAGUUUUACACAGAGUUUAAACACUGCCUCCUAUGUUUUGUCUGAUUUAUUGCCUAAUUUCUGAAAGGGUUCCCUGAAGUUUGAAUCUUUGAAUGUGGCUGCUUGAUUAUUUGUGUACAUGUAGUGUGCUUUGUUCUUUCUUUCCCUUUUUCUUUAAUCUUAUCAAGACCGGACCGUUGUCUUAAUGUUCUCUGCCGACUACAGUAACUGUUUAGUUUGUCAAGUAAAUGACUUUAUCAGAUAUUUUGUUAAAAGCUUGCUAUGAUGACAUGAGUCCCAAUUAAGACAUGCUUUCUAUAAAGUGAAAACCCCCCAAAAAUUAAAGACUGUUUUCUUACUA